CAUCUGAUUUGUUCGAUCUAGUUCUAUCUCAUUCCUUACCUUCUUCUUUUUUCAUUUCAUUUCUCUCUCUGUAUUUACAAUAUACCCAUAACAUACUUAUCUUCAUCUAAUAAAUCAAACAAUGAAAGCUAAAAAAUUGCUAUCCACUUUCGAAGAAGAGCUUAUUGCUUUAACCCAAAAUGCACAACAGAUUCGUACUUCAAAACUCUCGGUUGAAAGACCUCCUCUAUCUAUAUCCCCCAAAGAUGAUGAUAUAAGCUUUAUUCAAUUGGAUGCUGAAGAAGCUGAUUUUAAUGGCUCUUCAUGUGUAAGAUUCUUUGGUGUAACGAAAAAAGGCAAUAGCAUAAUGUGCAACGUUACAGGCUUUCUACAUUAUUUAUACGUGCCAAUCUCAGAUAACAAUUUCAGAAAAGAUCACAUUCAAAGUUUAAUCAACCAUUUACAUAACAGUGGAUUUGAUGACGUCCAAAAAAUUGAGAUCCAUUUAAAAGAAUCCGUAUGGAGCUAUAACGAUAACCAAAAAACUCAAUUCCUUAAAAUUGUCGUCUCUCAUGCAAAAACUGUUGCUAAAUUGAGAGGCGCUUUCGAAAGAGGCCAAAUUCAAUUUCAAAAUUAUUUUCCUGGAACUACAAUGACUUAUGAUAACAUUUCUUAUACUCUAAGAAUGAUGGUCGACUCGAAAAUAACUGGAAUGAGUUGGUUGACUCUACCUAAGGAAACUUAUAUCUUGAUUACAAACCAAAGCCAAAAAGUAACAACCUGUCAAAUUGAAUGUCAUAUACAUUAUAAAAAUUUAAUUGCCCACCCUUCUGAAGGCGAAUGGGCAAAAAUACCUCCUCUUAGAAUUUUAUCAUUUGAUAUCGAAUGUUCAAAUAGAAAGGGGAUUUUCUCUACAGCUGAAUAUGAUUCAGUGAUCCAAAUCGCCAAUGUGGUUUCGAGAUUUGGUGAAAAUGUUCCAUUUGUUAAUACGGUUUUCACAUUAAAUACAUGUUCACCGAUAGUUGGCUGCGACGUUAUAUCAAAUAAAACUGAGCAACAAAUGUUAAGAGCUUGGAGAGAUUUUGUGGUUAAAGUCGAUCCAGAUAUAAUAAUUGGUUACAACACUCAAAAUUUCGAUAUACCGUACUUGUUGAAUAGAGCAACUGCUUUAGGUGUCACCGACUUUCCAUAUUUUGGUAGACUUAGACAUCAAAAACAAGAAGUUAAAAACUCAACGUUUUCUUCAAGAGCUUAUGGGACAAAAGAAAAUAAAGUGACAAAUAUCGGUGGAAGAAUUCAAUUUGAUUUAUAUCAAUAUUUUCAAAGAGAAGUUAAAAUGAGAUCCUAUAAAUUAAAUAAUGUUUCUGCCGUCUUUCUUGGAGAACAAAAGGAAGAUGUUCAUCAUUCUAUCAUAACAGAUCUACAGAAUGGUGAUUCCGAGACAAGACGAAGAUUAGCUGUUUAUUGUUUAAAGGAUGCAAUGCUACCAAUGAGAUUAUUACAAAAAAUGAUGUGUAUAGUUAAUUACACAGAAAUGGCAAGAGUAACGGGUGUGCCCUUUUCGUUUUUGUUAUCAAGAGGUCAACAAAUAAAAGUUUUAUCUCAAUUAUUCAGAAAAGCCCUUGAGCAUGAUAUAGUAAUACCCAAUUUCAGCUCAUCUGGUGGAAACGAGGAAACCUAUGAAGGUGCAACAGUUAUUGAGCCAGUUAGAGGAUUUCAUGAAGACCCGGUUGCUACUUUAGAUUUUUCUUCACUUUAUCCCUCAAUUAUCAUUUCACAUAACCUAUGUUACACAACUUUGGUGACUCAGCAGACUAUAAAUUCUUUGGGAUUAAAAGAAGGAAAAGAUUAUUAUAAAACACCAAAUGGCGAUUGCUUUAUAAAAGAGCAUUUGAAAAAGGGAAUCUUGCCAACUAUUUUAGAUGAGUUAUUAUCAGCACGGAAAAGGGCUAAAGCUGCUUUAAAGAAAGAGUCUAAUCCAUUUAUUAAAGAUGUUUUGAAUGGUAGACAACUAGCUCUUAAAAUUUCAGCCAAUUCAGUAUACGGGUUUACAGGUGCUACUAAUGGGAAAUUGCCAUGUCUUGCAAUUUCAUCUUCUACCACAGCCAUUGGUAGAGAAAUGAUUGAAGCAACCAAAAACGAGAUUGAGGAACAUUUCUGCAAGGAAAAUAAUUUUCCAGCUGAUGCACAAGUUAUUUAUGGCGAUACAGAUUCUGUUAUGGUUAAGUUUGGACUAGAUGAUUUGAAGCAAUGUAUGGAAUUGGGACAACAGGCAGCAGAUUGGAUCAAUGAGAAAUUGUUCAAAGCACCAAUUCGAAUAGAAUUUGAAAAGGUUUAUUAUCCAUACUUGCUAAUUAAUAAAAAAAGAUAUGCAGGGUUAUAUUGGACAAAAUUAGACAAGUAUGAUAAAAUUGACACUAAAGGAAUUGAAACCGUGAGAAGAGAUAAUUGCAAGUUGGUUGCAAAUGUAAUGACGAAAAUAUUGGAAAUGAUAUUAAUCCAAAGAGAUGUUAAAGCUGCAGAAGAAUUUGUUAAAAAGAUUAUUGCAGAUUUAUUACAGGAUAAGGUCGAUUUGUCGGAGUUGGUUAUCACCAAGACACUAGCACCGGAGUAUGCAGGCAAACAGGCCCAUGCUGAACUAGCAAAGAGGAUGAGAGAAAGAGAUCCAGGAUCAGCACCUUCAGUUGGUGAUAGAGUUGCAUAUGUCAUUAUAAGAUCAUCGUCAACCAAAGCGUUUGAGAAAUCUGAGGACCCAUUAUAUGUUUUGAAAAACGGAUUGGCUAUCGACUCAAAUUACUAUUUACAAAAUCAAUUAUCGAAACCAUUGAUGAGAAUAUUCGAACCGAUAAUGGGCGAAAACAAAGCCAAACAACUAUUGACUGGUGCACAUACCAGAAAGGUGACAAUGUCGAAGAUUGGGGGACCUAACCGAGGAUUAGGUGGAUUGAUGAGAUUCACCAAGAAAGUCAAUACUUGCAAAGUCUGCAAAAGUCCUUGCGAUGGGCCUGUUUGCGAGAACUGUGAGGAUAAGGGAAACCAGAUAUUUGCUGAACAAGUGGCCCAGCUCAACUUGUAUGAAUCCAAGUUCUCCAAGCUAUGGACACAGUGCCAGAGAUGCCAGGGGUCUCUCACACACAAAGUAAUCUGCUCGAACAACGACUGCUCCAUCUUUUACAUGAGAGAAAAGUGUGCAAUUGACAUCCAAAAUACCAUCGACGACCUCGCAAAAUGGUGAUGGGGCCUGAGCGAGUUUGUAACUGUAAACAGCAGCAUAAACAGCACAAACAGCAUAAACAGCAUAAACAGCACAAGCAGCAAUACUCUUUGUGAAAAAAACGCGAAAAUAACACCGGUUCGAGUCCUGAUGCGCGCUUUUUUCUGUUUGUUCCGUCCGGGUAACCGCUACCUUUUUUUAUGGCCAAAAAAAAAUUUCAGACCAAUGACUGAAAAAAGCGAUGUUGAAGGUGAUAUUGAUCUGGAAGAUAUUGAUCUAGAUGAUAUAGUAGCUGCAAUGAGUUUUGUCAACAAAUCUGGUGCUCGGUUUGCUCCGAAAAUCGUCAGAAGAAACAAGCUAAGUCAUC